GCUCCUGUACCUGCUCCUGUACCUACUGCACCUGAAACUACAGAGCCGGCUGCGGAAGAGGGCAAGAAGAAAAAGAAAAAGAAGAAGGAUAAGAAGAAAGGAGACGUGGAUGAUGAGGAGCAAGCAGAAGAGAAACCUGCAGAGAAACCUGAAGAGGAGGAAGCAAAAGAGCCGGCUGGCGGUGAUGUUGAGGAAGGACAGGAAGAUGGUGGUGAUGACGCGGCUAAAGACAAAAAGAAGAAAAAGAAAGACAAGAAGAAGGAUAAAAAGAAGGAGGAAAAGGACGAUGGGAAAGGCAAAAAGAAGAAACAUGUAGAUAUGAUCAAAGAGCUCUUGCGCGCAAAACAAGAAGCUGAGGAAGCUGAACUGCGCAGGCAAAAAGAGGAAGAAGAGCUAACGAAGCCAGUUCCAACGGUCAAUGAACACGUAAUUUAUGCCAACUUGGAUCGACGAGCUAAGAAGAAGUUCCUGGAACAGAAACAGAAAGAGAGGGAAGAACAGCAGAAGCUACAGCAGCAGAAAGAAGAAGAAGAGGCAGCUAGGCGUGCUAAAGAAGCUUCGGAGACGCCUCCCCCGUCCAAGGAAGAAACUCCGGAGUCCAAGACACCGGAAACGAAAGAACCCUUAGACGAUUGGGAGAUGGUUCUUCAAGAAGCGAAACAGCAGAAGGAAGAGCAGGAUCGUUUAGAAAAAGAGGAAACUGAGGUGAAACCGCAACCACGAACUAUUGAACAAGUAUCAACAGAAACAAAAACGAGCAAAGAUGAGGAAACUGAAGAAGAAUCGUCUGAAGAAGAGAGCUCGGAAGAGGAGAGUGAAAGUGAAGAAGAAUCUUCAAGUGAAGAUGAGUCGCCGAAGGCAAAGCUCACAAAGGAGGAGGCCAUGGAGGCCGUGCGGCAGCGACUGAUCGGACAAUUUAACGCGCUCCGGUUAUCUGUGUCCUUGGUCAUGUCGAUACCUGGAAAGACGAAAAUGCUGGAUACUAUUCGACGAACAAAUGUACAAGACGGUGAGGCAGGAGGUAUUACCCAACAAAUUGGUGCCACGCAGGUCCCAGCCGAUGCCAUCAAGGAACGGUGUAAGCAAGUGAGAGAUUUCAAUCCCGAUGCUGUGAGAAUCCCAGGCUUCCUCAUUAUUGAUACGCCGGGUCACGAAAGUUUUGCGAAUCUUCGUUCUCGUGGAUUCGUCGCUGUGUGA